GCUCGGGCAGAGGCUGCAAAUGCUCCUCCAGCUGCUCCUUCGUCAGGCUGGGCGGCAGCCGGCGGAUCACCACCUGCGGCACGGCAGGAGCGGCGCUCAGGGCGGCGAGUCAUUACCGCGCCUCCCCCGACACGUCCCGUCCCAGAGGGACCCCGCAAGCGGCCCGUUAGCGGGGAAAGGUUCCGUUACAGAGGGGGGACCCCAUUACCGGAGGGAGGAGGGGCCCAUUACAGACGGUGAGCCCCGUUACCGGGGAGGGCGCCGUUCCCGGCGGCGCGCAGGCCCCACCUUGCUCAGCGUCUCCUUCUUGUCCUUGGGCCGCUCCAGGCGAUCGAGCUCGGCGGCGCCGGCUCUAACGUCCGUGCCGGCGGCGGGGCCCGUGCCCGGCCCCGCAGCCAGCAGAACCCCCAGCCCAGAGGAGGCUCCGCGCCGCUCCUUGGGCCUGGCGUUCUCCUUAUCCUCCUUCAUCCUGAUCCCGAUCCUGACUCCGGGCCCGGACAGCACCGCGCGCACCCAAUGACCGCCGCCUCUCGCGAGACUGUCCCUUAAAGGUGCCGCAGCCUCUGCCGGACUACCACUCCCAGCGUACACUGCGCCCUCCACUGCUGAUCCCGGUGGGGUCAGCGCCGGGACCGGGACCGAGAGCGAUAUUGGGCCAAGUGGGCCGCGGGCUCGGCCUCAUUUCUUGGCACGGGACUGUUCCCCGGCUGCGCUGUCGGUCCCGCUGCCCUCUCGGGCCCGCUGGGUUGUGAGGGGCGCGGGGCAGGCCGGGAAGGGCGCGGGGCAGGCCGGGAGUGCCCCGGCACUCGGCUCAGGGCAGCGGCACCGACACCAGCACCGGCACCGGCGGGAUGUGGUACGAGAUCCUGCCCGGCAUGGCCAUCAUGGGCGCCUGCCUCAGCGUCCCCGGCAUCGCCACCGUCUUCAUGCACCGCUUGUGCCACGGCGGCAAGGAGAAGAGGAUCGCCCGCUAUCCCUACGAGUGGACCCUGAUGGAAAGGGACCGGCGGCUGUCGGGUGUCAACAAGCACUACGUGUCCAAGGGUCUGGAGAACAUACGCUAAGGUGUCGUCAACGUUUUGAAAAAUUCAUGUGUCUACAGAAAAUUAUUUCACUCUUAAAUAAAGCUAUACAUAUGUUCA